UCGGCGGCGGCGGCGGCGGCGGCGGCGAGCAGCGGCAGCUGCAAGUUGGGCUGCAGGGGCAGCGCAUACACUACAAUGGCUGCUGGAAAGAGGCGUAAGGAGACAAUUUCCAGGCCCGCCGCGUCCAGCCCGAAAUAUGAGAAAAAAAUUAUUAGAAAUUCCGCGGGCGGUGUAAAGGCGGCGGACGGGCCGGAGGGAGGAUGUUAAAGCCCCGCGGGCACUCGGUGGUUUGCAUCCUUCUGUGGGAACAGAGAAACCAAGGAAAGCACUCGUGGGGCAGGAUUUCUCUUCAGCCAUUGCUCAGAACAAGAUAGACAACACAAAAGAUUCUUUCUGAAAACCGUGUUACAGAGAAGAUAGUGGAUGUGUUUAGAAAAUAAGAAGCCAACUUGAGAAUAGCAGUUGCCUCUUGGUGCUGCCUUGGUGGUAUUUGGCACCCAGAAUGCUUCAUUCUGUGAUGGUCUAUUAAUAAGAUUGCCUUGUUAGAGUUUGGAGCAAGGGGUCUCAGAUUGGCCAAAAUGGGAAAGAUUGGAUUCCACUCUCUUCCACGAAGAGUUAAUGGGACUGGCUAAGAUCAUAGUCUGGAGCUUUUUCUGUCUGUAAUCAGUCCCUUUUUGCUUUCUUUUACGACCACAUGAAACUUGAGAAGCCACCUAAAGCUAUAUCAUUUAGUGGAGUUGGGCAAUUCCCAAGUGUCCAACAAGAAGGCCUGGUUUAGGCUGCGAUGGCCACUGUCAUUCCUGGUGAUUUGUCAGAAGUAAGAGAUAACCAGAAAGUCCCUUCAGGGAAACGUAAGCGUGGUGAAACCAAACCAAGAAAAAACUUUCCUUGCCAACUGUGUGACAAGGCCUUUAACAGUGUUGAGAAAUUAAAGGUUCACUCCUACUCUCACACAGGAGAGAGGCCCUACAAGUGCAUACAACAAGACUGCACCAAGGCCUUUGUUUCUAAGUACAAAUUACAAAGGCACAUGGCUACUCACUCUCCUGAAAAAACCCAUAAGUGUAAUUAUUGUGAAAAAAUGUUUCACCGGAAAGAUCAUCUGAAGAAUCAUCUCCAUACACACGACCCCAACAAAGAGACAUUUAAGUGUGAAGAAUGUGGCAAAAACUAUAAUACCAAGCUUGGGUUUAAACGACACUUGGCCUUGCAUGCCGCAACCAGUGGUGACCUCACCUGCAAGGUGUGUUUGCAGACUUUCGAAAGCACAGGAGUGCUUCUGGAGCACCUUAAAUCUCAUGCAGGCAAGUCAUCCGGGGGUGUGAAAGAGAAAAAGCACCAGUGCGAGCAUUGUGAUCGCAGGUUCUACACCCGAAAAGAUGUCCGGAGGCACAUGGUGGUGCACACUGGAAGGAAGGACUUCCUCUGCCAGUACUGUGCACAGAGAUUUGGAAGAAAGGACCACCUGACUCGACAUAUGAAGAAGAGUCACAAUCAAGAGCUUCUGAAGGUCAAAACUGAACCAGUGGAUUUCCUGGAUCCAUUCACCUGCAAUGUGUCUGUGCCUAUAAAAGAUGAGCUCCUUCCGGUGAUGUCCUUACCUUCCAGUGAACUGUUAUCAAAGCCAUUCACAAACACUUUGCAGUUAAACCUCUAUAACACUCCAUUUCAGUCCAUGCAGAGCUCGGGAUCUGCUCACCAAAUGAUCACAACUUUACCUUUGGGAAUGACGUGCCCAAUAGAUAUGGAUGCUGUUCAUCCCUCUCACCACCUUUCUUUCAAAUAUCCGUUCAGUUCUACCUCAUAUGCAAUUUCUAUUCCUGAAAAAGAACAGCCAUUAAAGGGGGAAAUUGAGAGUUACCUGAUGGAGUUACAAGGUGGCAUGCCCUCUUCAUCGCAGGAUUCUCAAGCAUCAUCAGCUAAGCUAGGGUUGGAUCCUCAGAGCGGGUCCCUAGAUGAUGGUGCCGGGGACCUCUCCCUAUCAAAAAGCUCCAUCUCUAUCAGUGACCCCCUCAACACACCAGCAUUGGAUUUUUCUCAGUUGUUUAAUUUCAUACCAUUAAAUGGUCCUGCCUAUAAUCCUUUAUCGGUGGGGAGCCUUGGAAUGAACUAUUCCCAAGAUGAAGCACAUUCUUCUGUUUCUCAGCUCCCUCCACAAACACAGGAUCUUCAGGAUCCUGCAAACACUAUAGGUCUUGGGUCUCUGCACUCACUGUCAGCAGCUUUCACCAGUAGCUUAAGCACAAGCACCACCUUGCCACGUUUCCACCAGGCUUUUCAGUAGGAUUCUGGGACGUGGAUUUAUUACAGAAAUGUAUGUGUAGCCCUGCCUUAGAUGCCCAUUUUUAUUUUAGUGCCUACGUUAAGACAGUAUAAAAGUUUCUGCUUUUGUAUAAUACCAGUUUUCAUUAAGCCAGUAUAAAAUAGAAACUAGCUUUUUAAAUGAGCUUUGAAACCAUUUGUGUUCAGUUAUGUUUACCUGAGUAUUUUGUCCUGAUUCACUGCCAAUUGUCAGAGUCUAAAAGUUUUAUUUCAUAUAGGAAAGCCAUUAUAUUAAUAAAGUUUUGAAAGUCCCACGUUCAAAUUACUUUUAGAUCUUACAAUUUUCAUUUUUGUCCAAUAACAGUGGCUCUACCUUUUGACAUUUGGCUCAUUAAAAGCAUUUUUCAAUACAGUGUAAAUUUUAUAAAAUGCAUGUGAAUAAUGCAAGAGUUUUAAAAAUUUUACUAGCCGUAAAUGAAUUCAUAAUCAAAUGUUUUAAAUGAAUUAAGAAUCCAGUUUGGAAAGAUAACAAAUAUUUCUUAGAUAUAUCAUAAUUUCAGGUCAGUAUAUUUUGAAGACUUGCUAUUGUCUUGGAAAAUAUUUGCUAAAAUACUAGAAUGUAUAAGGAAACCAAAACCAAAACAUAAAGCACCAGUGUUUGUAGCAAAAAGAGACUCCUAAUAUGGUGACUUGUACUCUGUGUUACAUAAUAGUUGGCCCUUUAAUUAUUAGUACAUAGCCUCUUUUGUCACAAUUCAACCUUCUCGACUUGCUAUCUUCCCAUUUAAUAAUAGUAAGAGUGUAUGGCAUCAGGGUCUUCAGGAUCAGUGUAUAAAACUAGCUCUCCUUAAUCUUUUCUGCCUUGCACAGCCAGAUGGUGGCUCAAGUGCACCAGCAAUUUUUAAAAUUGUUAUUAUUUGUCCACAGUCCAGAAUCUAGAGCUAUUAUGGAACUAUAGACAAUAAUGUGUUAAUCCCAGAGUGGACUGUCUCAGCCUCUAAGGUGUGAUAGACUCCUAAGCAGGAAGUCAGAUGUAAAGCACACGGUUAAACCUUGGAACUUGUGUGAUCAUGUCUGCUGUUGCCAGGGUUGAAAACUACACUCCUCAGGAGUAAAGUAAGAGCAUAUCACUUACAUCACUUCUUGCUGAAUAAGAUACAUGUUUCUUUCUCUAAGAGCCAAAAGCAGAAAACAAAAAACAACAUUCUUCCCCCCUGGUAUUUUUCUUAGUAAAUGUGAAUCUAUCUUUCCCCUGCUGUUUUCAGAUGGAGCAUUUGAAGUUAAAACAAUUUGAGGAAUUAUCACAAAGUUUUAAGCAACUAAAGAUAUAUACAGUAAAACCCCACUUUUACACAUCUCUGGAAAAUGGGAAAAAUGUUGCAAAUAAGUUGAAUUUGUAGAGCAUAGCAAAGAAAAGUAAGACAAGCACUAUCAUCUUUGUUAAUGUGAAGAUAACAAGAGUAUUGUUCCAUUGAAUAAAAUACUUUUGGGCUUUCUUCACCAUAGUCUUCUCAAAGGUCCAGUUAUAUAUUUCAAAAGGUCAUUUGGGACAUUACCCUAAGAAAUACAUCUAUUAAGCAUGUGUUAACACCUUAUUUUGGGACCUUGUCCUUUGGGGAAGGGCUGAGGGGGGGAAAAGGGUUAUAGAAGAGUAUAUAUCUCUUUAAAAAAAAUAUUUCUAAGCACUCAUUAGCUCUAUAUGGGAAGAACUUUCCCUUUUAUAGGGCCAAUUAUCACUGCAAUUUCAAUGUUUACCAAGAAUUUCUAAAAAUGAGUGCAGAUUACUGAGUAUAAUACAUUAUUUAAAAUAUUUGGGAAUAGUAUAAUUUGUGGAGAAAUGUAAAUUGUAAUAAUGUAAAUGGGGGUUUCACUAUAUAUAUUAUAUAUAUUACACAUAUCGCACUUCAUAGAAUCAAAGUUGCUCUCUGGAGGAGCUUUAGCUCCUGAUAUUUUAACAUGCUCCUAUUUUUUUUUUAAUCCUAGGAGCAGUAGUUUUUAUACCUAUGUAUUUAAAUUUUAUUAUGAAAAAUUACAUUUUAUUAAAGUGUGUUCCAAAGGCAUUAAAAUUAUAUAUGUUAAAUAAGGAGAUACAUUUAAAAUUUUUCAAACUGCUCCUAAGCUUUUGGUUAGGAGAAUAUUUGCUCUGAAAGUAGGCUUCUUGCUCUGCUUCAUUACUGCUUCCUUUAGUUUCUAUGAAACAGAUUGCUUACCUAAAUCUAAUUGAAUGAUUCGUGUUCAAUAUUGCUUUAAUCACUAUUAAAAAGGAAAAAAAUAUUUGGUGAGAGAGCACAAGUAAAUAGAAAAUCUACUUUUAAAUAGCGGUCACAGAUAGCAAGUGUGAAGCACUACUUUAUCCUGUUUAAAAUUUGUCUAAACUGAGACGUUGGCCUUCGUAGGCUGUAUUUCACUGCUAAUAAAGAAAGAGAGUAUCAGAAUUAAUGAAAUAAAGCAUUUUGGAAACGGGGAAUGACACCAUGCAUCUCACCCUGUAUGGAAUUCAAGUACAUGGAGGUCCACCUUCCAAGGCACUAGGGUUAAAAUUGUGAUUAUGGGGUCUUAAUUCUCCCUGUGCACCACUUUGCCUGUUGCUGCCUCCACAGACUCGAAAUAACACUUUUAAGAGGGAAUUCAGCUAAAAUUUGUGUUUUUAAAUUGACUGCAGUGGUCACUAAACCUUUUUUGAUAGAAUUUCUAUUAAAGACGAGGCAGAUUUGUUUAAUUGCACUGUGCUCUCACAAAGUUGUAACACAGAAUUGGCGCUUUUUUUAGUAAAAAGUUUGAUUCAUUUUUGCCUGAAGUAAAUAUUCUCAUAAGUAGUUACUGACAGUGCUGUUUUCAUUCUUCAGUGGCCAGAAUCAUCAUCUUUGAAAUUCCUAGUAGUGCCUUAGCUUGGUUUCGGGGGGUAGGGGCAACAUUAAAUCAAAAUAUUUUAGGGUAGAAUUUGGGCCUUAGACAAGAUAUUGAACCUCAUUCAGUUUGACUUUUGUGUGUCUACAAACUAGAUCUCUGAACACAGAAGUGUGAAUGUGGAAGGAUCUUGGCACUGUAAGCAAUAUUAUCCACUGAUUUAUACAUAUAUCAUAUAGUUCUUAGUCCCUUUCAAAAUUUUCAUUUUGAAACCCUCUUACCAAGUCCAGUUUUUUAAAACUGCAGUUGUCCUGGCUGAUCAUGCACCACUCUUUGUGCAAGUUUUAAAUUUCAUUUAGGGUUUCUUUUAAGCUGUGUAUUUUUGACUAUUUGUUGCUUGUGCUUUAUUUUUCUUACUCAUUUGUGGAAUAUAGUGAUAUAUUGUGUUAAUUUGGACAGUAGCGGUUUUUAAAAACCAUAUACUGACUGAAACAUGAGCCAGAGCUGAUUGCUUUAUUAAGCUAAUAAUGAAUGUUAUAGAGUACGUAUUUUCAGGAUCGUUCAUCUAGUGAGCAAUACACAUAUUUUAGGCCAAUAUAUUUUUUUUAAAAUAGAGCUUGGUCAACCUCUAUACUACACAUAUUACAAGAUAUAGCACUUUCAAAAUGAAUCUAAACCUUUACAGAAACUUUCUUAUAGGUUAUGCCUUUAUUUUAAGACUUAUUAUAAUGUCUCAAGUGCCAUUAGAUAUAUAUGUAGGCCUUUGAUAUAUAAUGCUUUGUGUACAAAAACGGUAGAUGGUAUUUUAAACAGGUACAUUUUUACAGUGUUUUCUUAUCAAUUUGCUAUAUUGCACAGAAUCAGUGUGUGUCUUUUCAUAAGGUUUUACAACGGUUUAUUUUUUUACAAGGUUUACGUGUCUCAAAGCACACUGUCUUCCCGGUUAUGUAAGUUAAGAAAUACCAGUUCACCCAAGUUGCUUCUAGCCUACUGAGAUCCAUGUGACAUUGGAGGAGAUCUUUAAGAUGUUGAGUAUGCAGCACUAGCAAUGACAAACUGUUUUCUCUGACAAAUGAGUGCCUGAGUGAGUUUGUCUAGUUUUUCUCACUCUGUGUCAGUCAUGUCUACAACUCAGUGUUUAGAUCUACAUAAACUAUGUAUUUUCAUGCUAAAAACCCACAGAGAGUUCCUUUGGGAUCGUAUACAACAAGAUAACCGUGUUAAUGGCACCUUUAGAUCACCAUUAGGCCUUUGCACAGCAUUAUCAACCCUCUGAGGACAGAAGGCCAUGCCUUUUGAUAAGUUACUUAGCUCUAGAAAUGACACAGAACUAUUGUUAAUGUAUAGAACACUUCGUUGUGUAAGCUUCAGUGGUACAGAUGAACCAGAAUGAAUGUCUUAUCUGCUCAGAAACACUCCUUCAAUGUUACAUUGGAUCAUGCUGCUAAUGUAACGUGGGAUACAACUUUUCAUGGUGCUACAAACUUCUCUGUCUUGUUCAGUUGUAUUUUUUUAUCCAUAGGAAAAGGACUGCAUUAGGUGUAAAGGUGUACAAUAUAUUUUUAUACUGUGACUUAAUAUGUCAUUAACAAACUUUUACACCACCACAGUGUAUUUGUGUGCACUUGCAAAAGGAGAUCUUGGACGUGCAGAUGUUACCAGAACAAACCCAGCUUUUGUCCACAAGGUGACUGUAACUCAGAAUGGAAAGUGGGCUUUAUAAAUAGGGUGUGGAGUGAAGAACAUGCUGUAAAUUACUAACAGCCCUUUGAAUUUAACAAAAACUGGGAAUCCAUUAGGAAAUGGAUUGCAUCAUGCCUGACCAUAAGCUGGACUGCUGAAAUUAUAUUUUUAGCUAAUGAAAAAGUGUUUGGACUAGUACACUAAAAAUGUUCUAAUGGUAAAGUUUUGAGUCAAAAUAGAAAAGAAAAAAAACCUGCAUUCCAGACUGAAUUUUGUAUAUUUUUAUUGCAUUUAAAAUUGCUCUUCUGUGAUAUUGGGAAAUCAAGUGGCUUAUCAUGUAUAUCAUGUACUUAAAAAUGUAUUCACAAACUACUGUUGUAUUUGUAUAAAAUAUAGAUAAAGAUCAUAUUUUUGUGUGUGUGUAUAAGCUCUGUAAAAUAGCAAUCACAUUUUGGAGCUGCAGUGAUACUACAUUUUAAACAUUCACAUCCAAAGAAGCAGGCUAUUUAUUGUCCAGGUACUCAGAUUUAAAAUAUUCACUUGCUGCUAAUUAAACAAUAAUAGUACUGCA